AUGUGUGUUACAGGUCAGGAGAGCAAGCUGGUGGCUGUCAUCCCGUGUAAUGACCAGAGGCUGAGACCCAGACACACGAAGCUAUACGUUGCUGUGUCUGUUGGUUUGUGCCUCCUGGCCAGCUCCCUGGUGUUGUUCUUCCUGUUUCCUCGCUCGGUCCUUCUUUCUCCAGUAGCUGUCAAGUCAUCCUUUGUUUACUUCAACGAAAACGAUGUCGAGAUUAAUAUUACAAAUGUCCUGAACAUCACCAACCACAACUUUGUGGCAGUGCAGGCCUACAAUCUGACCGUGCAGGCCCUUAACUUCGAAACGGUGGUGGGAACAGUUUCCAUUAAGAACGUCAGCUCUGUCAAACCUCUAUCUGUCAAAAUGAUCUCCUUUGUGAUCCCCGUCAAGCUGACAGACCCUGGCACGAGUAACUACUGUAAGAAAGCUUCCCUGCCCGUCCACAUUCUGUAUCUGCACCUACAGAUGUCUAUGACAGUGUACUACCUGGCCCACUAUGAGCAGCUCUCUGUGGAGACAUACGAGUACAUCGACUGUGGAGCAAACAGCACCAUACCACACAGUGUGCAACCCCCACCCCCCUGAGGGAUGGACAAAUGGAUGGACGGACACAUAAAGGAACAAAUACUGUGGACAUACUGUUUCUGAGGUGGAAUAUAUAUAUAUGUUUUUUCCCCCCCAUGAAUUGUCACUCAAAUUUUGGAUAAGAUAUAAUGUGACAGCAGGCUGUGAUUAAAACUCAUCUGGGUGGAUGCAUGAAGGGGCCUGGAAAGGGAAGAACAUGAGUGACUAAAUGAAGAAUGGACUCUUUCUACCCCGCCCUGUAUGUGAAUGAAUGAAUGGAGGAAAGAUGAGUACAAUUGCACCACUCUCACCAUCUUUAGCAACAGUUCUACACAUUUGAAUUAUACAGUGGAGGAAACCCCAACAAAUCUUCCGUCAUUGAGUGGAUGUUGAUAAGAACGUAGCAGCAGGAACACAAUGAUGUAAUGAAAGUUGGAGCGGAAACGAAAAACCUGAAUAUCCUUUUAUUUUAGUUCAGACAGCUGGUGUUUUCAGUCAUGGGAAAUGUCUGUGUUGCCGUAAAACUUGAUCACUAAAAAUCACUAUCCAACGUGUAAAUAUUACUCAACUUUAUUUUAUAAUUUGUUCAUGAGCUGAAAAAGUAUGGUAGAUGUGCUGUCAUACAAGUAUUGUCAAAGUAAAUGAGCUGCAGUAUGGUGCAGCUGUGUUAAAAAUACAAACAAAUGAUAUUGUGGAUAAAGUCUUUUUUAUUAUUUUUAAUCUUUAAAGCUUCUGAGCUUGCCAUUUGCCAUAUACCCUCAGGAUAUCAACAUCCACUCCACAUGAUUGUGCCUCCAUCUAUAAUAAUAAAGCUGCAUUAAUCAAUUUUCUCAUAUAAACAAUGGAUCAAAUGUGAAAGGUGUUGCUGGUCACGAAUUAACAGAAUCAUCACAAUCA